AUGUUGUCGGCUAGCUCCAUUGUCAUUGCUUUAGUGGGUGUGUUGUUCGCGGCCUGGGUGGGAGAGAGGAUAUCAUCGAGAAGACGAUUCAAGGGACUACCACGAGUUGGGAUUGAUCCGGGUUUAUUCGAUCUGCGGCUUCAAGCUGCUAAAGAUGAAUUCUAUGCCCGUGGACAGCAGUUACUAGAGGAGGGUUAUGAACAGCACAAAGACACUCCGUAUGUCAUCCAAACAUGCGACAACGAGCGUCUCGUAGUCCCGGAUAAGUUUAUCGAGGAGCUAAAGAACCUGCCGGACAACCGGAUUAGCUUUAAGGAAGAGCUCCUAGAUCGGUUUAUGGGGAAAUACACCAAGCUCGAUGCCGUCCGAGGAACGAAUAUCCAUCGCGAUAUCGUGAGGCAUCAAUUGACCAAAAACAUAGGGAACCUGUUGCCGCAGAUGAAAGAAGAAGCAGAUUUAGCUCUGGAAAAUAUUCUCAGCCAGUGUAACUCAAAAGGUUUCACUCCCAUCAAGGCUUCUUCUAUUAUUUUUGCUGCAAUUGGCCAAAUUACCUCCCGCAGGGUUAUCGAUGACCCCGCCAUAUCCAGAGACCCAGUAUGGCUUGAGACUAUCAUGGGCUUCACCGCGUCUGUGGCCAUCUUUUCCAUGACCAUGAGGCGUAUCUCACCCACUCUGCGUCCCAUUACACAGUACACUCUUCAAUGCGGCCGGAAACUUCGUGCCGAUAUUGCCCAGGUGACGAAACUCUUAGCCCCCGUCAUUCAAGGCCGUCAGCAGCAUAUCGGAGAGAAGAAGGGAGCCGAGUUCGAUGAUCAACCAAAAGAUUUCGUACGUUGGCUCUCCGAGGCCGCUGAGGGCGAAGACGCCCGACCCGACGCUAUCGCCUUGAAAAUUCUUUUCCUUAUUGUGUCUUCAAUGCACACAAGUGCCAUCACCGCAAUCCACAUCCUCUACGACAUUUGCGCUCAUCCGGAGUUCAUGGAGGAGCUACGUGCUGAGGCACUUGAGGAGAUUGAUGCGAAUGGCUGGACUGAAACUUCACUACUCAGACUGCGCAAGAUGGAGAGCUUUCUUAAAGAGAGCGGCCGCAUCAAUUCUGCUGGCAUUGUCUCAUUCCAGCGUCUCGUAUUGGCACCGAUCACCCUAUCGAAUGGAUUCACCAUCCCGGCAGGCACUCAUAUCUGCGCCGCUUCUGAUGCCCGAUCGCGCGACCCAGCACUAUACGAGUCACCUCUCGAGUUCCGACCGCUCAGGUUCUACGCGCCGUCUACUGAAACUGGCGCAGAUAUCGACACGGCGAACUUGUUCAGCUCUGUGGCAGCCGGUGACUCGUGGUUUGGAGCUGGGCGGCAGGCUUGUCCGGGGCGGUGGUAUGCGAGUGCACAGAUCAAACUUGUGCUAUGCUUACUAUUGAUCAACUAUGAGUUCAAAUUUCCGGAAGGGCAGAAGGAGAGACCGAAGAAUUGGGUCAAGGAUGAGAAGACAGGACCGGAUAUGGAGCAGAUGAUCUGGGUUAGACGUAGGACGACUGCUUGA